CGGCGCUCAGCUGGGGGUGGGAGGAAGAGGGGCCGGACUGGGGCCUGACUAGCCGUCGCUGCCGCCGCCGUCUUCACGGCUGCUAUGACCCUCGGGCGAGGCGCCCUGCUCAGCUCCGCGCAGCGCUAGUCGCGGCCGUGCGCCCACCGUAGCCGUCUUGGUACUCAGCACAGCCGCUCCCGCGGCUCCUUAGCCUUUUCCAGCGCCGCCGGUGAGGCGAGGCGGAGGCAAAGGCAGGAUGAAGAUGACGGUGGAUUUCGAGGAGUGUCUGAAGGAUUCGCCCCGUUUCAGGGCUGCUUUGGAAGAAGUAGAAGGAGAUGUGGCAGAAUUGGAACUAAAACUUGAUAAGCUUGUGAAGCUUUGUAUUGUGAUGAUUGAUACCGGAAAAGCCUUUUGUGUUGCAAAUAAACAGUUCAUGAAUGGGAUUCGAGACCUGGCACAGUAUUCUAGUAAUGAUGCUGUAGUUGAGACAAGUUUGACCAAGUUUUCUGACAGCCUUCAAGAAAUGAUCAAUUUUCAUACAAUCCUAUUUGACCAAACUCAGAGAUCAAUUAAGGCACAGCUUCAGAACUUCGUUAAAGAAGAUCUUAGAAAAUUCAAAGAUGCCAAGAAGCAGUUUGAAAAAGUCAGUGAAGAGAAAGAAAAUGCAUUAGUAAAAAAUGCUCAAGUACAGAGAAACAAACAGCAUGAAGUUGAAGAAGCCACAAACAUUCUGACAGCAACAAGAAAAUGUUUUCGACACAUAGCCCUCGACUAUGUACUUCAGAUUAAUGUCCUUCAAUCAAAAAGGCGAUCAGAAAUCCUAAAAUCAAUGUUAUCUUUUAUGUAUGCCCACUUGGCCUUCUUUCAUCAAGGAUAUGAUCUAUUUAGUGAACUUGGGCCCUACAUGAAGGAUCUUGGUGCACAGUUGGAUCGACUAGUUGUGGAUGCAGCAAAAGAGAAAAGAGAGAUGGAGCAAAAACAUUCCACCAUUCAACAGAAGGAUUUCUCCAGUGAUGAUUCUAAGUUAGAAUAUAAUGUAGAUGCUGCAAAUGGCAUUGUUAUGGAAGGAUAUCUGUUCAAACGAGCCAGCAAUGCCUUCAAAACUUGGAACAGGAAAAAGCCCGAUCAUAUCAGACGCUGGUUUUCAAUACAGAAUAAUCAGUUGGUUUACCAGAAAAAGUUUAAGGAUAACCCCACUGUGGUAGUGGAAGAUCUAAGGCUCUGCACAGUGAAACAUUGUGAAGACAUAGAACGGCGAUUCUGCUUUGAGGUGGUUUCUCCAACAAAAAGUUGUAUGCUUCAGGCAGAUUCUGAAAAGCUGCGCCAGGCAUGGAUUAAGGCUGUUCAAACCAGUAUUGCUACUGCUUACAGAGAGAAGGGUGAUGAAUCAGAGAAGCUGGAUAAGAAAUCAUCUCCAUCCACAGGAAGUCUGGAUUCUGGAAAUGAGUCAAAAGAUAAAUUAUUGAAAGGAGAAAGUGCAUUGCAGCGAGUCCAGUGUAUCCCUGGCAAUGCCAGCUGCUGUGACUGUGGUCUGGCAGACCCACGGUGGGCCAGCAUCAACCUGGGCAUCACCCUGUGUAUCGAGUGUUCUGGGAUUCACCGGAGUCUUGGAGUUCAUUUUUCAAAAGUACGUUCUUUGACUUUAGACACCUGGGAGCCUGAGCUUUUAAAGCUUAUGUGUGAGUUGGGGAAUGAUGUUAUAAAUCGAGUUUAUGAAGCUAAUGUGGAAAAAAUGGGAAUAAAGAAACCACAACCAGGACAAAGACAGGAGAAAGAGGCAUAUAUCAGAGCAAAAUAUGUGGAGAGGAAAUUUGUGGAUAAAUAUUCUAUAUCAUCAUCACCUCCUGAGCAGGAAAAAAGGAUUGUUUCCAAAAGUUGUGAAGAAAAGAGACUGAGCAUUUCUAAACUUGGGCCAGGUGAUCAAGUUAGAGCAUCUCCUCAAAGUUCAGUCAAAAGUAAUGACAGUGGAAUCCAGCAGAGUUCUGAUGAUGGAAGAGAAUCUCUACCUUCUACAGUGUCAGCCAAUAGUUUAUAUGAAACUGAGGGAGAAAAGCAAGAUUCUUCUGUGUUUCUUGACUCUAAACAUCUUAAUCCAGGACUACAGCUUUAUAGGGCUUCAUAUGAAAAAAAUCUUCCUAAAAUGGCUGAAGCUUUGGCUCAUGGUGCAGAUGUGAACUGGGCUAAUUCAGAGGAAAACAAAGCAACACCACUUAUUCAGGCUGUAUUAGGGGGCUCUUUGGUGACAUGCGAGUUUCUCCUACAGAAUGGUGCUAAUGUAAACCAAAGAGAUAUACAAGGGCGGGGACCACUGCACCAUGCCACUGUUUUAGGGCACACAGGGCAGGUAUGUUUAUUCCUAAAACGAGGUGCCAAUCAACAUGCCACUGAUGAAGAAGGGAAAGACCCGUUGAGUAUAGCUGUGGAAGCAGCUAAUGCUGAUAUAGUGACCUUGUUACGUUUAGCAAGAAUGAAUGAAGAGAUGCGGGAAUCAGAAGGACUUUAUGGACAGCCAGGUGAUGAAACUUAUCAGGACAUUUUUCGUGAUUUUUCCCAAAUGGCAUCCAAUAAUCCAGAAAAACUAAAUCGUUUCCAGCAAGAUUCACAGAAAUUCUGAAUUUUUUUUAAGAAGGGGAAAAUAUUAAAUCUGGUGACUUCCUACAUAGAUCUGAAAACUCACAAAUUUUUACUACUUUAAUUCUACUUAAUUUUAGUAGCUAUUGAGUAGUUUGGAAAAAAGGUACCCAUUCAUUGAUGUAAAGUAAAACAGGGCUUUAGUAGUUGGAAGAGGAGCCUUCUUUAAGACCUCAGAAAAGGAAAAGAGCCCAUUUAAAGGGCUAUUUUUAUAGGUAAAAGUUUACUCUAGAAUUAUUUCAUUUUAGGUUACUAGAUCCUAAGAGUUUAGACAGAAAUCCCUUUUUUUUGUUAGUGGAUGGUAGCAUUGAUUUUUCUUCUGUGCCUCAUGCCCAGUAUCAUUCAGUUAAGCGUGUCUGCAUCAAGUGGGAGCCAACUGUCCUGCCUGUCUCAAGAGUAUGUCUUUUCUUUAGUUUCCCGGAUAAUUUUUAGUGGUUCAGAAAUUGUUUUGUUUUGUUUGGUAGUCUAGCUGUCAUGCACACAAUAUGUAAUUUAAUUAAUAACUAGAGAGUAUGUUUCCCCCAUUUACCCAUAAUUGCAGUUAUAUUCCUUAGAUGUCUGGUUAUUGCGCAAUACUUUACAUACAGUGGUUGUACAGGUAGGUAUAACUCAGUCUUUCAGGUUUAUUCCAUUUUAUGAAACAAAAAGAAGCCCUUAACAAUUUUUUUUUUUUAAUCACCAAAAGAUUCUCAGUUAUAGAAAUUGUAAUUCUUCAUUGUUGGGUUGAUUUCUUAAAACCCUGACAAAUUUAUUGAUGAAAUAAAACUGUUUCAAGGUUACGCUUUCAUCAGAUUGUAACUUUCAAAGGAAAGGCUGAUUUAUAAAAUAAUAUAGAGCAUUUUUGUAUUUGAAAUUUGUCUUUUUCACGAUACAUUUUUGCUAUUGGUCCUUGUGAAAGGAAAAUCUCAUAAAAGGAGAAAAAACUUCAUGUUUUCUUAGUUUUAACUAAAGUGUGGCAUUCAAUUGCUUUUUAAUUUUUUCAACAUCUAUCCUGUGUACUUGUACACAGUAUAUGCUCUUUUAAAUUAUAAUAUCUAUAUAGCUUUAAUAUUUGGUUAUAUGAAUCACAGACCCUUGAAUUCCAAAAUAUUGUGGAUAUACUAAUUUUCAUUGUAUAUGCUACAAAUUAGUCUGAUUUCAUCUUUGGUUGACAAAUCUUGUCAAGAGUAUAAAAUAAUUUGCCUUACAGUUUCUUUCUAAUAUUGUCAACAAUUAAGUUUAAUCUUCUUUUAUAAGUUACAUGUGUUAUUGUUGAUACUCAGUUUCUAAAUAAGAGAAGUUUUCAAACUUGUGUUAUCAAAUAAGUAGACAAAUAAUACUUAAUUGGGUAGAAAUACAUUUUCUAACAUCCCUUCCCCCCAAUAACUAGAGUUUUCUAAAUUAACUGACCAUCAAAAUGGAAUCUGUCUAAACAGGAAUUAUACUGAAAUAAAUUCAUAUCACAGAAAAGGUUCCAUGUUUGACCAAUUCAAGAAUGCUUAUUUAGUAAUAAUCACUGCAUAUUAGAUAAGAAUAAAGACUGUUUAUGAAUUACUUCUAAGGAUAUGCUAAUUUACAAAACUUUGUAUUGUAAUUAAAACCAUAACAGGAACAGUAAAUCUUUCCUGUUUCACCUCAGUCACAGGUCAACUGGCUUGGCAAAAGUCUGAUUUAUAACAUUUUUAUUAGAGUAUACAUACCUUGAGAAUAAUUUUUAGAAAAACUCAAGAAUAACGAAAUACGUUAAAAACAAACAUAAAGAAAGGAAGAGAAAAGAAAAAAGAGCCUCACUUUUCCUUUGUAGUGCCUAUUCCUGUUUUAAUCCUAUGAUUUCACUCCUAAAGCUUCUAAACCUCUAUCUGAGGAAUUCUAGGCAUUUUUGCUUUUGGAUCCAGCCAUUGGUGCUUCAGAAAAUCUCUGGGAUCUCUAGUUGUGAAGGUAAUUCUUCAUGACCCUCUUACCUCCUGUGGCUUGUUAAGAGAUGUAUUUAAAGUACACUAAAGAUGAUCAUGGUUCUGAAUAUCUUCAGAGAAAGCAAAAUCUUUAACAGCACAGGGAAUCUGGUACUACAAAAAUACAUUUCUGUGCCCCGAUUUCUUGAAUAUGCUGAGACAUAAUUUGGAAUAAAUGUGGCAGAAAUGAUACAGUAAACAGCAAGGCUAUAAAUAGCUACAAGUAGUUACAAAGUAAGUUGGCGCUUACCAGGGUAAAUUUAGCUGUGUCAAUUGACAGCUUUUCUGUAAUAUGUAAUAGAUAUGAGUUUUAUUACUGUGUGAAGUAUUCAAUGCAUUAUGAGAAACUGCAGUGUAAACAAUGUUAAUCAUACUCUUGGGCUUCAUAGGUCAAUAUGAUUGCCCUGUUUUCUUUCCCUAAUUCAUCUGCUGAUAAUAGUUUCUGAUUCUUUGUCAUUGUUCUGUUAGAUUAUAUCAUUAGCUCAUUAACUUGAAAGAUUAAUAUCAAAAUAAGAAUAUUGUUUACACUAUUAGGAAUUCAUUAGGUGCAGUUUCAUGAACUAGACUAGCCUAAAGGUAAUUGAGUGGUUUAUUUGCGAUUUCUCAAUGUCACAUGUUUAAGAUUUUAAAAAUUACCUUUGGUACAAGUCCUUAGAAAUUCAGGAGUUUCUAGAGAUUACAUUGUUUGCCUAAUUUAUACUGGUCUUCAUUAUAGAUUUUAAUGAACUGGUGUUUGCUUCCCAAAAUGUAUAGAUUUAGUUUGGAAUAUGUACUUUGGUUCUUCAUGAGUGCAUGUUGAAAAAAAACACACAACAUAUGCCUUUACAGUCUGGACCACUCAAGUUUGUGAUGUAUUAAGCAGUAUUUUAGAAAUAUUUUAUACAUGUGAAGUAUGGUCACAAUCAACCAAAUUAUAUUUAAGACUAAAUUUACUACCCAUUUUGAAUAAUAAGAUAUUUCCAUAUCACUCUUAGAUUGUGAAAUUAACUCUUCUCUUUGAUAGCACUUUUGGUCAUGGAUGUGAGCUAGAAAAAUGAUGUUUUUAUAGAAAUAUGUGUCCAGAAUGACUUCAGACCUGCAUGGAAUAGUGGAAAGAGCACUGACUAGUAGUUACUAUUAUUUUUGGAUUCAGAGCUCCUCACAAAUAAAAUGAGUGUGAUGAAACAAAGUGAAACUAUAACAAUAUCUCAUUGUAUACUGUACUGCUGUUCACAACAUACGUUGACGUUACUUUAUCUCACCUGCUUUCACAGUAGGACUUCUGUGAUCUUACUCUAAGAGCGCAGUAUUGUCUCUUCUUUGAUCUGGGCUACUCCUCUUGUUUUACAGAGGGGGCCACUGGUUUGCUGGUUGGUGGCAUAGGAUGACACCAGAACCCUUGUCUGACUGACUGUUUUUGUAGUUGGAGGCACUUUAUUUGUAUCAUGAAUUGAUUUGAAAUCAUUGUAAAGCAGCAAAAUCUGAUAAUGAAUGCCAGCUUUCCUUGUGUUUGAUAAAGACUCCAAAUAUUCUGGAGAACCUGGAUAUAUGAUUACCUUGAGGGAAUAGAUUAGGAUUUGAAGACAUUAAAUUGUAGGAAAAUUUACGUUUUUGCAAUAACAAACAUUAAUGGAAGCAAAAUAUUGCAAAGGUAUUUUUAAUUUACUAUAUACAGGCAUACCUCGUUUUAUUGUGCUUUGCUUUAUUGCACUUCACAGAUGUUGUAUCUUUACAAACUGAAGGCAAGACCCUCCACCAGCAAAAAGAUUAUAACUUGCUUUAUUGCAAUACUUGCUUUAUUGUUGUGGUCUGGAAAUGAACCCACAGUAUCUCUGUGGUAUGUCUGUACUUAUAAAUUUCUUGAAGAAAGAUAACUAAACAGGGUUUGUAUUCAGUUUGGUUGAAUCCUGACAUCUACAAAUAUGAUUUUGGGGACAUCCAUUUCUGUUUACAUAAAU